GUCUGGAAGGGAGACCGGCCUCUUCCCGGAUCCGCGCCGAGGGCGACCGUGAUGCUGCAGAAGCGGCCGCCGCUGCUUUCCGCGCUCCAGACCCCAGCGCCCGCCUUCUGCAGGGGAAGCCAGUAUGGCUAUAGGUGGUAACUUGCCGCUCGGCCACUUCCCCUAAAAGAAAUCCUUGGAAAAAGUUGCAUUCAAAAAAUUCCUCACGCUGACCUUUGGGGCCGCGGGGCCGAAGAGACGUGCACGGUAUUGCAAGAAAGAAAGCAAAAGGUGUGUGUGCAUGGGGGGCCGGCGUGGGGGGGGCCCUGCGCUGCCACUUCGCUGGGCGUCGUGCUGAGGCGCUGGCUCUGCCCCCCAACCCCCCUCCACGGGACUCCUGCGAUGAGCCCCUGCGGGCUGGCCCGCCGACACACGUCCAGAGGGGCCAUGGCAGUACUGGCCUGGAAGUUCCCGCGGACCAGGCUGCCGGUGGGGGCCAGUGCCCUCUGCGUCGUGGUCCUGUGCUGGCUCUACAUCUUUCCGGUCUACCGGCUGCCCAACGAGAAGGACAUCGUGCAGGGGGUACUGCAACAGGGCACAGCGUGGAGGAGGAACCAGACAGCGGCCAGAGUCUUCAGGAAACAGAUGGAGGACUGCUGUGACCCCGCCCAUCUCUUUGCAAUGACUAAAAUGAAUUCCCCCAUGGGGAAGAGCAUGUGGUAUGAUGGGGAGUUUUUGUACUCAUUCACCAUCGACAAUUCAACCUAUUCUCUUUUCCCCCAGGCGACCCCAUUCCAGCUGCCCUUGAAGAAAUGCGCGGUGGUGGGAAAUGGUGGGAUUCUGAAGAACAGUGGCUGUGGCCGUCAAAUAGAUGAAGCAAAUUUUGUCAUGCGAUGCAAUCUUCCUCCCUUGUCAAGUGAAUACACCAAAGAUGUGGGAUCCAGAAGUCACUUAGUGACAGCGAACCCCAGCAUAAUUCGACAAAGGUUCCAGAACCUGCUGUGGUCCAGAAAGACAUUUGUGGACAACAUGAAAAUCUAUAACCACAGUUACAUCUAUAUGCCUGCCUUUUCUAUGAAGACAGGAACAGAGCCUUCCCUUCGGGUUUAUUAUACACUGUCAGAUGUUGGUGCCAAUCAAACAGUGCUCUUUGCCAACCCCAACUUUCUGCGCAGCAUUGGCAAGUUCUGGAAAAACAGGGGAAUCCAUGCUAAGCGCCUCUCCACAGGACUCUUCCUGGUGAGCGCAGCCCUGGGUCUCUGUGAAGAAGUGUCCAUCUAUGGCUUCUGGCCCUUCUCUGUGAAUAUGCAUGAGCAACCCAUCAGCCACCAUUACUACGACAAUGUCCUGCCUUUCUCUGGCUUCCAUGCCAUGCCAGAGGAAUUUCUCCAACUCUGGUAUCUUCAUAAAGUCGGCGCACUGAGAAUGCAGUUAGACCCAUGUGAGAACAGCUCACUUCAGUCCACUUCCUAGGGACAAUGGAAAAAGAAAGAACUGAGCCAGGGUAUUUUUGUUAGGUUUUCUACGUCACUUCAGAAGGAAAUGGUCAAGUUGUUUCAUGAAUUUGCAUGGACCACUUGGAAAAACAAAACAAUCAAACCCCAAGGGAAAUGCUACCUUUAAUAUUGACUUGGAGAAUAAAUGAGAAAUGAAACAUCCUAGGGAAUAUUUUACAACAUGCUGUGAAUUUGCAACUAAUAACAUUGCUGCUGAAGCAUGGUUCAAAUAAAAAUGGGUGCAUCACAGCCAAGCCUGAAUUCUAACUAUUGAAGCUGAGGAAUGAAUCAAAGUUGAAUAAAGGAAAUGCCAGGGCAAAAAGUGUUACUUAUUAUCAACACAAACUGGAUUACUUAAAAAAACAAACAAACAACCUGUCAUAUUAAGACUGAUAUUAGAACCAUAGGUUUUUUAAAAAUUAUUUAUUUUUCCCCUAUUUAGGGGCAGUGAGUGGGCAAUGGGGUAGAUUUUUAAAAAUCCCUUACUGAGUAAUAAGGAUACAAAACAUUGCAGUUGAUUAUUGUGAUUUGUUGAACCAGGUCUUUGUUACCUAUAGUUCCCUCAUUUUUUAAAUGUUAAAUAAGUACUGCUUCCUCCCCCUGUUGUCAAGUCUACUUAGACAAUGUGAAGCGUUGUUGAAUUUAGACUGUGUUGAAUCAUUCAUUGUCUGGAUAACAUGAGCCAUUUCCCUUCCUCCUUAGAAUUUAGGGCAUACACUCAAUUUUAGGUCUAUAUUGUGUAAGCCUGUUUGUAUUACUGUUAUUAGUUUUAUGUACAAGAACUACAAGUGUGAGUGCAUUAUUUAUUUGCAAAUUGGCUUAAUUGUUUUCAUAAUUUAAUGUUCCGAGAUGAAUGAAGCACAAUGAGGUGUAGUUUAGUUUCUAGAAAACAGACUGGAAGGUACAUCCCCUUUCUGUCUACCAUGGCGUAUUCACUCCAAGAGAAAACAUUUGCAUGCAUACAUGCAAACACAUGCAUACAAGCUCACUCCUGCAGCCAGGGAAGCUGAACCCACAUUACCUGGUAUGGCAAAAACCUGUAAGCACUGUUGGAGAGCUACCAGUGUAUUAUAUACUGCGCACUACGCCUUGAUGGAAGUCCGGGCAGCUUAUGCAUUCCUGCUCCCAAUGCGCACACCAGCAUGAAAUGCAAGCCUUGCCCCCAGUUGCUUACCCAGAAUGAGCAGAAUUGUUUUCCCCCUUCUAACUCCCACCAGCUCCCACCUGAGUGGACCCUGCAUGAGCAUGGUCACACCAGGCAUGGUUCAUACAAGUAAAAGGGUAUGAAUUAGUAACUAUUUAUAACAGGUAGGAAUACUUAGAAAAACUGUUGUAUUCUGCUUGUACACACUGUAAGGAAUUAGAAGCUAAUUCCUCACUUCAGCCCACUUCCUAGGAACAAUGGAAAAAGAAAGAACUGAGCCAGGGUACUUUGUUAGUUUUUUCUAUGUGACUCCAAAAGGAAAUGGUCAAGUUGGAAUUACUAUUAGAAACUAAUUCCUUACAGUGCUCCCUGUAUGGCAAAGGAAAAACCCCUCCUUGUCUUUUUGCUUUGGGAGGCUUUUAUCUAAAGGGAGACUCUAGAAAUGUAUUUCUUGUUUUAGGUGUCACUAAAAUUUAUGUAAGUUCUAACUGAUUUCUAAUGGUACAAACUCAGUAUACCAUGUAGAUUAAAACAGGUGGCAGUUUUUGGUGGAUUAACUUAAAAGAUAUCAAGAUAUACACUGUUAAAAUACACAAUUUCUAAAUAGGAUUAAACAUUGAGGUUAAUAGAAACAGUAGAAGUUAACAUAUGACUCACUGAUAAUAACACCGAUUAAAUUUUAGAAUUUGAGUUUUAAUUGUGUGCAUAACUGAUUUGCUGUCUGGAUCCUAUAUGGUGACAAAAUUGUAAUAAGGCUGUACAUGAGUUGACCAUGUUAAAUAUUCACUCUGUAACCUAAAUGUUUCCUUUUUGGGUUCUCUUUAUUAUUUAAUAAUUUAAAAGGAAUAUAUUUAAACCUGUAUCUCUGUAGAAGGGCUGAGGCAGAACACAUAGAAAUGUUGAUGAAAGUUACCUUUAAAAUUGUUAAAAGGUAAUCAAUGAGCUGAAAAUGGUACAUUUUGUUCAGUUUCCUGGGAUAGAUUUAUACAUUGAACUUGUUCAAAAUUUAGCCUAUAAAUUGAUGACUUCUAAAAAAAAUACAGAAAUGGGCCAAACUGUUUAGGUCAGUACUUCUCAACUGGGGUGAUUUCCCUUCCUCAUUCGGUGAUAUUUGCCAAUGUCUGGAGACAGUCUUGACUGGUAUUUUGAUUUGGAAGGUGCUGUUGGCAUCUGGUGGAUAGAGACCAGAGAUCCUGCUAAAUACCCUACAGUGCCUAGGGUAGCCUAUGAUAACAGCUUAAAUUGGUACUGAAAAUUUUUAGAAUUUGAGUUUUAAUUCUCUGUGCCACACAGUCUCAAAUGUUAGUGAUGCUAAGGUUUAGAAACCCUGGACUAGACCAAAGUGAUAUUUUGGUUGUUCGCAUUUGUCCUCAAGGAAGGAUAUACAUACUUGUCCAUGCCAUUCACUGUCAUGAUCAUGUUUUCUUAAAGAAAAUUACAAUUUGAUAUUUCCUUAUAGUGAUAACUCAUAGGUAUGCCAUACGUAUUUCCUUUUCUGUGUGAUUGAAAGACAGGUGUAUUCAAACCCCGUGUGUAUGUGUGUGUGUAAUGUAAGGUUACACAUCUCCAUCCUUAUUUAAAUAUACGUGUUUCUAAGAGAGGGUCUCCCCAAGAUUACCUUGAUGAGGACUCGAAUACUCAAUAGAGAAUUUGAAUGCUUAACUCCCAUUAUUUUAUUUUCUUGAUCUGAAAUUUAGAAAUUCACAACUGAGGCUCAAAACUUUGUCAAAUUUCAUCAAUUACAUUUUAAUAUUUAAGGUUCAGCUCAGAUGAUAUUGAGGUGACAGGAGACACUUUCAAUAAAAUAUUUGAUCACCCUCAGUGCAACUACCAGAGAGGAGAGCACCCUCUAACAUGAGUUUUAAUUUUUAAAUUGCUUUUUAUAAACAAAGAUUAGUUUGUUGCAUCUGGACAAGAGAGAAGGUGAAGAGAACGAAAAUAAGUCUUGGCUGAACUUUAAAUUUCUUUAGCCUCAAUCUGAGAAUUGUUUUGAUGUUAAGGAUCAUGACUAAAGAUGACCUUUGUUGAAUUUUAAUUAUACCUCAGUAAAAUUUAUAUGGGUAAGAUGAUUGUGGCAUUCCAUAAGAAAGUAAAGUAAUUUUUCAUAUGGGAGCUCUUUAUGUGAAAGUGGACAAUGUGUAUAUUUUAUUUACAUGGAGUAUUUGACCACAAGCUUAUACAACAUUGUGUUGAAGUGUUCUGUGGAUUUUGUUUAUCUAAAGCGUAUGUGUAGCUGUUUUAACAAAGGAAAGCAAUUCAAAACAAUCCAAAAGACCCAAAAUAGCAGGUACUUAGGCAAUCUACUGUGACUUUGUAGUGGCUUCUACAGACCCUACAAUUCGGCUUUAAACAUCUACAUGGACAAUUACUGGAGAAACCCUGAGAUUCUGAAUUUGCCAAAAAUAUUUAUCACUUAGUCAAAAACUUUACAGAAGUGUCAUAGACAAUUCCAGAUAGAAAACAUAUCAAUAACAUCUCUUGUCAGAAACUGGGGUGGUUUUAUUAUAAGCAGCUUUCUGGUUUGUUUGUUUGUUUGGAAAAUCAGCAUCUAUGGCUGUAAUUUCUAUGUUUAGAGCUAUUGCUUUUGUGAAGUUUUUCACUGACAAAUCCUUGUCAGAGGGACCCAAGAAGGAAAAAAGACAACAGUUAACUGAAAAUUUUGGGAAAUUCCUGUUGAGUUAUAAAAACCACCACAGCAAGGUCAUAUCUGCUAUUUGUGGAAUUCCACAGAUGAAGAGCUUUAUAAGUUUGGUGGGAAAUUAAAGACAAACAUGGAGGAAUAAGAAAGAAGAUCAAGUCUAUGCUUUUUAUUUCUUCAUCUUUCCAGAGCAGAGGUCCAUUUAGGUUAUAUCUCUUGUCAGCAUUCAUCAUGCAACAGGACAGAUGUGGGUAAACAGCUCUGAGGUAACUGCUGCUUUGGGUAAAGCCUCUGCCAAGGUCAGCAGUGACUGUCAUUAAUGUAAUUAGCAAUUAUGCCAUGGUGUGUUGGGGAGGAUGAGGCAAAAAGGGAAGGAGAGAACAGUCCAUCUCCCAUGAGCUCAACAUAUAAGGAGAGAGGCAUCUCUCCCCUUGACCUUGUCUUUCCACUUAUGCCUAUUUCUGUCCACCACCAGAGAAAAUGUCCUGGCUUUGGAAUUGACCUGGUAGCCAUGUAACUAGAGAACUGAUACAUUAAUUUGCUGAGAAGAUUAAAUUUUUACACUGCCUCAGUUUUUUAUACCCUUGUUUUGGGCAUAAACCAGAGUGCGCUCUAAAUUUAGGUGUCCAGGACAGAGUUCUUGUCUCUCUGACCUAAUUAUGUCCUGGACAGUGACUGUUAAAACUAGAGCUGGGCCCUCCCUGGUGGCACAGUGGGUUGGGAUCCAGCACUGCAAGCUGGCUGCAGCCACUUCAGUGCAAGCUCAAAUCCCGCCCGGAUGUGAUCCAACAUGGCACAGCAGACCUCUCCUGACCUCCCCGCUGCACCCCUCGGCAGUGUACCUCGACAAUCUGCC